UACUACUCUAGAAUUAAACCCUUCCCGCCUGUAAAGCCCUAACUUGAGUUAUAAUUUCCAUCCUCAGUCGGCGAGCUAGUUUCUCUGGCCAUGGAGGUCGACAUGGAUGUUUCUCCCAGCUAUUACGAUCCAGAGAAUCUCAGCAGUAGAGAGCGGUUCCGUCGAUACGGGAAAAGACAUCCUGGCUCUAGCCUAUCUCCUCAUCAUGAUAAUUCGGCUUCAAGAUUCAGUAAUGCUGCUUUAUUUCUUGAAAACAUUAAACAUGAGGUUGAGAUGCAUGAGACGGAUUUCGGAGGAACACCUUUUGAAUCUGCUGCUAAAAGGAGAUCUUACCAUGAUAGUUAUGGAGUUUCCACAGUUGAUGGUGACAUUGAUAUGAUACGCAGGAGGGGAAGUGAAUCUCUUAAGGUCUGCAAGAAGGAAGAAGAUGAGCACAUUGAAAGUGCAGAUACGACUUUCUCUUUGUUUGCAUCUCUAUUGGAUUCUAGUCUUCAAGGGUUGAUGCCUAUCCCCGAUCUGAUACUACGUUUUGAGAGUUCAUGCCGCAGUGUUUCAGAGUCAAUUAGAUAUGGUGCCAACGAGAGGUAUAGAAUAAUCGAGGAUAAGUUAAUGAGGAAGAAAGCUCGAUUCUUGCUUGAUGAAGCUGCUUCGUGGUCUCUUCUAUGGUAUUUAUACGGGAAGGGAAAUGAAGAACUCAGAAAUGAUCUACUCCUGUUCCCAACAACUUCCCAUUUGGAGGCGUGUCAAUUUGUCAUAGAAGAUUAUACAGCACAAUUAUGCCUCAGGAUUGUUCAGUGGCUGGAAGGUUUAGCUUCUAAAGCGCUUGAUUUGGAUAAUAAGGUCAGGGGGUCUCAUGUUGGCACUUACCUUCCAAGCUCUGGAGUUUGGCAUCAUACACAAAGACAUCUUAAAAGAGGUGUCUCAAAUCAAAAGAUAAUUCAUCACUUGGAUUUUGAUGCACCAACACGAGAACAUGCUCAGCAGCUGCUUGAUGAUAAAAAACAAGAUGAAGCCCUUUUAGAAGAUGUCUGGACUCUUCUGAGAGCUGGGAGACUAGAAGAGGCUUGCAAUCUUUGCCGGUCUGCGGGACAGCCAUGGAGGGCUGCAAGUUUAUCUCCUUUUGGGGAUUCCAAUUUAUUACCGUCACUUGAAGUCUUAGAGAAAAAUGGCAAGAACAGAAUGUUGCAGGCCAUUGAACUAGAAAGUGGAAUUGGUCAUCAGUGGUAUCUUUGGAAAUGGGCUUCCUAUUGUGCAUCUGAAAAAAUUGCUGAGCAAGAUGGUGGCAAAUAUGAAAGUGCAGUAUAUGCAUCCAAAUGCAGCAAUUUGAAGCGCCUUCUACCAGUUUGCACUGAAUGGGAGUCUGCAUGCUGGGCAAUGGCUAAAUCAUGGCUUGAUGUCCAAGUUGAUAUUCGCAUAGCUGGCUUGCGGCGAGGUGAAGAUGGCCAAUUCAAUAAUUUUGAAGAAGCAAUUGGGCGAAGUCCAGGGCAAGGAAAUCGUGUAUCUCAGCCCAGUGGACCAAAUAGUUGGCCACUUCAUGUGCUGAAUCAGCAACCAACGAAUCUUUCAUCACUGCUGCAGAAGCUUCAUUCUAGUGAUACUGUGCAUGAAGCUGUUACUCGAGCAUGCAAGGAUCAGCAAAGGCAAAUUGAGAUGAAUCUUAUGGUAGGGGACAUACCCCAUUUGCUGGACCUCAUAUACUCUUGGGUAUCACCUUCAGAGGAUGACGGAAAUAUGUUCAGGCCUCAUGGUGAUCCACAGAUGAUGCGCUUUGGUGCACACUUAGUCUUGGUGCUUCGCUACUUGCACGCAGAUCAAAUGAAAGAUACUUUCAAAGAGAAGAUAACGACAGUUGGUGAUUUAAUUAUUCACAUGUAUGCAAUGUUCCUGUUUACUACGCAGCAUGAGGAGUUAGUUGGAAUAUAUGCAUCUCAGCUUGCCCGCCAUCGCUGUGUCGAUCUAUAUGUCCAUAUGAUGGAGUUGAGGCUUAAUAGCAGUGUGCAUGUCAGAUACAAGAUCUUUAUUUCAGCUAUUGAGUAUUUACCUUUUUCUCCCGAUGAUGACUUGAAAGGCAGUUUUGAGGAAAUCAUUGAAAGAAUUUUGUCCCGGUCUCGUCAAAUUAGUACUGGAAAGCAUGACAAGUCCUCUGAUAUUGCAGAGCAACAUCGCUUGCAAAGCCAACAGAAAGCUAUGGUUGUUCAGUGGCUUUGCUUUACACCUCCUUCCACAAUUAAUGAUGCCAGAGCUGUUACUGCAAAGCUUUUCCUUCGUGCACUAAUGCAUAGCAAUUUGCUGUUCCGGGAGUUCGCUCUUAUUUCUAUGUGGAGGGUACCUGCAGUACCGAUUGGCGCUCACACAGUGCUUAGUUUACUUGCUGAGCCUUUGAAACAACAAACAGAACUUCUCCAUUCUACCGAGGAUCGUGAUGUUUCUGAAAGUUUCAGAGAAUUCCAGGAUUGGAGUGAGUACUUCUCUUGCGAUGCAAAAUAUCGCAAGUGGCUAAAAGUUAAACUAGAAAAUGCCGAGGUUUCACCUGGUAAACUAUCACCCGAGGAAAAACAGAGGGAAGUUACUGCAGCUAGAGAAUCUCUCGAGUCUUCAUUUUCUCUGCUACUAAGAAACAAUGAUCCUUGGCUCAUUCCAACUCAAGAUCAUUUGCAUGAAUCGGUGGAAUCUGUCUACCUAGAACUGCAUGCCACAGCUGUUUUAUUACUACCUUCUGGUGAGUGUAUGACACCUGAUGCUACAUUGUGCACAACAUUGACAAGCGCCCUUUACUCAUCAGUUAGUGAAGAGGAAGUUCUGCAUCGAGAAUUGAUGGCAAAUGUGGCCAUCUCUCCUGGAGAGAACUCUUGUAUUGAAGUUGUUCUUCGCUGCUUGGCAACAGAGGGUGAUGGGCUUGGACUACAUGAUCUCAAUGAUGGUGGGAUUCUGGCUACUGUCAUUGCUGCUGGCUUCAAAGGAGAGCUUGCUCGGUUUCAAGCUGGUGUAACGUUGGAGAUCUCCCGCUUGGAUGCUUGGUAUUCAAAUGCCAGUGGUUCUCUGGAUGGGCCAGCAACAUAUAUAGUUCGUGGCCUGUGUCGCAAGUGUUGCAUUCCAGAGAUUGUUCUUCGAUGUAUGGAGGUAUCUGUUUCACUGAUGGAGUCUGGCUAUCGACCAGAGAGGCAUCACGAGUUAAUUGAGCUCGUCACCUCUCCUGAAACUGAUUUUCUCCAUUUAUUUAGCAAGGGGCAGUUGCAGGAACUCCUCCUGUCUGAGAGAGAAUAUUCAAUAAAUGAGAUGGAUCUUGAGGAAUUGCCAGGCUCUUGAAUAGCACAAUUUGGAAUCCUGCAAACUAAAGCUGAUGAAAGCAAAAUUAACGGCAUUCAUAAACACCACCGCCCAGCCCUAGGCACCAUUUUCUUGGUAUAUGGUACAGAAAUUCAGAGCUAUAUAUGGCUUAGUCGUGUAGCACAUACUGACAAUUUACAUUAAAUCGAAUGUAAUCUAGAGGACAUGUUUAACACCUUUUGAGCUUUUGAAGCACUUUUCUUUCA